GUCUCUCCAUUUCAACUGUUUACCGCUCAUUCAUACUCUACUUUUCACACUAUUCCCAAGUAGAAACACCUUCGUUGCAGAGUACGUGCCUUAAUUAUCUGUACCUCUCUUCUAAUUUCAAGUUCAAUAUUUUGAAAUACUUAGGUCAUUUUAUGAUGUUCAUUCUAAAUUAAACUAAUACAUGGAGUAUUCUAUGUUUCAUUGUGAAGAAAAAAUUGUGACUUUUGCUUUCAUGAGCUGAUUCUGAGCGAAUACCUAAUCAAAUUGACUGCUGAUGAUGCUUUUUUACUAUGAUUUUUAGAGUAUUUUUUGUAGUUUUUAAAUAUAUAUCUAAACUUAGGCGAAAUUUGCUGUAACGAGCCUCAACUUUGCGGGUCCCUGUGAUCCCCUUGACUAUUUAUUACUCCCUCCAUCCCAUUUGAUGUGUCAGCUUUUGACUGGGCAUGGAGUUUAAGAAACGAGUCAUGACUUUGUAAAGUUUAUAAAAUUGUCCCUUUUAAAGUUUAUUUUUAGUUGUCUUUUCUUAUUAAGUGAGACCCGGUAAGAAUAAAAUAGGGACAUUGCCAUUAAAUAGUUACCAAAUAAGGAGAUGUGACAUUUUUUGGGAUGGAUUGAAAAGGAAAUAGUGAAACAUAAAAUGAGACGAAGGGAGUAUUAUAUUUCUGCGGCAUAUAUUUGCCUAGCUAGACCACUGCAUGAAUACACACAUGCUGUGUGUGAGGGUUUGAAGUGGUCUAGCUGGACAAAUAUAUGCCGCAGAAAUACGGUAAUAAAUAGUCGAGGGGGGUCAUAGGACCCCCACAAAGUUGAGGCGUGUUACAACAAAUUUCACCAAUGUUUAAGUAUAUUUCUGAUUCUUUUCCCUAUGUUUAUUUAUUUUUUUAAAAUUAAAAUAAUUGAUGUCUGAAUAUAACAAAAGGAUUAGGAGUAGAUAGUUUGGUUCUCCUACUUUAGAUCGUUUUGUUUUUAUAAACGUGGUAUAGGGCCAGCUCGUGCAUCUUGAUUAAUUCCACGGGAUACUUGCCACCUCUGUUCAGGUAACUUUGUCGACCAAAGCUAGGAUAAAUGGAAAGAAAGCACCUAGUGUUUUUAUCUCUUCUACUUUAAAUCUUGUUUGUUCUUUUUGAGAUAGAAGGAAUAUUAUAGUGCAAGCAGUUAGUGCAUCAACCUUUACAUAGAUUUCGUUGUUCAUUUCUUAAGGAAUAAAUUAUAAGCACAUUCUGUUUUACAUAUCAAUUUUCUCUAAUAUGUGAGUCAAUCUUUGGUGAAUGCUAGACUCAACGAGAAUUGUACACACAUUUUGUUUGCCUCGAGUUAUACCCGUGCCAUCAAGUAGAGAGCUUUAUAGACUAGUAAUGUAGUUAUCUGAGUUUUGUUGAUUCACUAUUAAUUUACAGUAGAUAAUGAGAAGAGAUAAUGUAGUUAUUAUCCUUUUCUAUCUGUUAUUAUAUAUUGCCGUGGAUGUAUGCUUUUAUGUGGUUUGUUUGUUAUAUUGUUAUUAUGUUUGUUAUUUGUUUUGAGCCGGGGGUCUAUCGGAAACAGUCUCUCUACUUCAUCUGAGGUAGUGGGAUGGGCUGCGUACGCUUUACCCUCCCCAGACCCCACUUGAUGGGAAUACACUGGGUAUGUUGUUGUUGUUGUUGUUACAACGUUGAAUCACAUACCCAGAGCGUAGUGGAUGAAGACAUCAAGACGUUACUUCGCACACUUUCUGUUCCUGCUAACUCAUAAUGUUUCCAUCCCAAUAUGUUUGACUCACGUCGUAUGUCUCUCUAUAAGGUGCACGUAACAUGUAUAAGAACCCGUUUUGAGUACUAUUCGUGUGCGGGAAUAUGGUAACUUUUUAAUCUGCAGUAUUUAACUUAGAUUGAUUGACGAACUGCAUUUUUGCUUGUCUACAAUCCAAUAAAAGAAAUGUUAUUGGUUGGAAUAAAGUAGGUAUCGAUAUAGAAUUUUUGCAUAUUUUUAUAUCAGCUUAGUUCCAUUUGGAACUUUUUAUAGUUCUUGUCAAAGCAAUUAAUUUUUUGCUUCGAGAAUAUUUCCAGAAACAUAUUAGAGAACAUAUUCAAAUAUUUCCUGAUUGUUCUUUAUUUCUUCCCCUUUUUUUAGCAAAAUGGGGAGAGAUUCGGAUGCGUAGUUGUCAGAGGUCUUCGUACGUUUUCUAAUUUUGAGUGUUAAGCAUAAAAACACUGCAAUUUGUUACUGUUUAUAAUCUAUUACCAGCUGUCCUUUGCACUCAUCAUACGGCCGAGAUCUGCUCGAGCACAAAUUCGUCGAUAUACAAUGCACGUGUUCACUUGUGGGAAUAAAGUGUAUUCGGUCUAUACACAUGUACUUUUCCCCAACUUAGGUUUCCCUCGAAGAUGUCGCCGUCGUCUUCACUUUCAGAGAGAACAGGCCUGCAAGGAAAUGUUUCCGCACAAAGUGGCAGUCCAAUUCCACGUGCUUCCUACGCUCAUGAAAGGCCAGAUUUCAAGCGAUAUGGAUAGCUGCUUGGCUAUCUAAAUGAAUCAGAGAUCGGGAGCUCCGGUGGAGAUCCCAUAUCAAGAAGUUGAUUGAGCCAUGUCAAUUCAGCCACGACUCUUCUCAUGGAGCGAUGCUCAUUUGCCGAGGAUAAGGAAAUGGAGACCUGUUUUUUCGACUUCCAAGAAACAGGCGAGCCUCCAAGAGUGAUAAAAAAUCCACUGACGGAUCGAUGCGAAUUGACACACGAUCCAAUCUGCAUCGCAAAAUAAACAACUUGACAGGAGGAUCAGUUGUCAAAAAUAGACCAUGAUUGGGAUUGUUCCCGGGGUGUCGAAGAACUCGCGGUGCAGCUGAAAAAUGAGAUGUCCUAGGAUCCUGUAUAUACUGAGAGAGAUGUUGUACUGCAUAGCAAAUAUCAGGUUCACUAUGAGUGAGUAUCAAGAAGUGAAGAAACAAGUGGAAGAUGGGAGCAAUCAUAUUCAGAAAGGAGCUCCAACGUGUAAUUCUGUUGAGUUAUAAUGAGAUCAUGAGGCUCCCUCAAAAUCUAAAUUCCCAAAAAAUAAUGAUAGGAUUCAUUCUAUCAUUCAAGCUUCAAAAUGAAUGGAUGAGCACUUCUGGAUUAUCAAGAGUGAGUUAUCUAAUCGUCACCCAACCCUCUUAAGAUAUAUGGUAUGGAUGAGUCAAUGCAUGAAAUAGCGCCAACUUCAACUUCCCUCAAAAAUAAUCUCUUUAAGUCACAAUCAUGUCUAAUGGCAACAAUGGAGCUAAAAUGGCUGAAGAAUUACAUCCUCAUCCAGUUAUGGAGCAACUUAACAAUGUACAAUACUGUAUUAACAGCCCACCACCUUGGGGGGAAGCAUUGUUCUUGGGGUUUCAGCAUUACAUAUUGAAUCUUGGUAAUAUUGUCUUAAUUCCAAGUAUCAUAGUUCCUCAAAUGGGUGGUGGCAAGGAUGAGAAGGCAAAAGUAGUACAGACAUUGCUUUUUACUUCAGGAGUGAAUACAUUACUACAAUCAUUCUUUGGGACAAGAUUGCCGUUGGUAGUUGGUGGUUCAUAUGCAUAUUUGAUACCAAUUACCACAAUUAUCCAGGCUAACAGGUUCUCAGUUCUUCAGAAUCCUAAACUGAGGUUUAUGCAUACAAUGAGGAACAUACAAGGGGCUCUUAUUGUUUCAUCUUGUUUCCAAAUUCUACUGGGCUUCCUUGGUCUGUGGAGAAAUGUUGUAAGGUUACUUAGCCCUCUAUCUGUGGCACCACUUAUUACCUUAACCGGACUAGGACUCUAUUAUCUUGGCUUUCCAUUGAUUGCAGAAUGUGCCGAAGUUGGGGUACCUCAAUUGAUUUUCAUGGUUGUCAUCACACAGUAUCUGCCAACAUAUCUCAAAUUAAAGAGGCCCAUAUGUGACCGGUUUGCAAUGCUCUUCUCCAUACCAAUUGUAUGGUUAUAUGCAGCAAUCCUAACCUGGAGUGGUGCAUACAAGAGUGUAAAUGAAGCAAAAUGCCGCACUGAUAGCUCCGGACUUAUUACUGGAUCUCCUUGGAUCGACCUGCCAUAUCUAUUCCCAUGGGGGGUUCCAACUUUCAAAUUUGGAGAUGCCUUUACUAUGAUGAUCGCUUCUUUUGUUGCUUCUGUGGAGUCAACUGGUGUAUUUCAUGCAUCAGCAAGAUAUGGAAGCGCUACACCAGUGCCACCUUCUGUCAAUAGCCGGGGUGUUGGCUGGCUGGGGAUUGGGACUAUGCUAAAUGCCAUUUUUGGUGGUGUCACUGGUUGCACUGCUACAGCGGAAAAUGCUGGUUUAUUGGCAAUGACAAGAGUUGGAAGCCGAAGAACCGUGCAAAUAUCUGCUGGUUUUAUGAUUUUCUUCUCCAUCUUCGGAAAAUUUGGAGCAAUCCUUGCUUCAAUACCUGUAUCAAUCAUGGCUGCAAUAUACUGUAUCUUCUUUGGAUACAUCUCAUCAGCUGGUCUUGGAUUUCUCCAAUUCUGUAACCUUAACAGCUUUAGAACAAACUUCAUAUUGGGAUUCUCUCUUUUCCUUGGAUUUUCCUUACCACAAUACUUCAGAGAACAUCAAAUGUGCUCUGGAUCUGGUCCUCUUCAUACACAUUCAAGAUGGUUUAAUGACACAAUGUCUGUCAUCUUCACAUCACACGCCACGAUAGCUGCUAUGGUUGCUGUAAUUUUGGAUCAGACUCUUCAGUUUAGUAGCGAUGAAACUCAAAAAGAUAAUGGGUCGCAUUGGUGGGACAAGUUUGUGGUAUAUACUAAAGAUGUUAGAAGUGAUGAGUUCUAUAAAUUACCAUGCCAACUUAAUAGGUUCUUCCCAUCUUAUUAGUCGAAGAAAUGUCAUCACUGUUUUGCAAGGGGGUUGUUCUCUUCAUCAACUCACUCAAGUUCUAUCUUUGUUUUAUUCUUUCAAAUUUGAUUGACGAAAGGUUCUUUGGGUUACCGUGAACUCAUUACCUAUUGUAUUGUACUGGAUUUUUUUUUGGAUAUUUUGAUGGAUUAUAUUGUUUAAUAUGGUUAUAUG